AUGAGCAUUGCCACCCACCCAGCCUCUCACAUAUCUGUCCAUACACCCAUCCACCCAUCCACUCAUCCACUCAUCCAUCCAUCCACCCAUCCACUCAUCCACCCACCCAUCCACCCAUCCACCCAUCCACCCAUCCACCCAUCCAUCCAUCCAUCCAUCCACCCAUCCCCAUCCACCCAUCCAUUCAUCCAUCCAUCCACCCAUCCAUCCAUCCACUCAUCCACUCAUCCAUCCACACAUCCACCCAUCCACCCAUCCACCCAUCCAUUCAUCCAUCCAUCCCCCAUCCAUUCAUCCAUCCACCCAUCCAUUCAUCCAUCCAUCCACCCAUCCAUCCAUCCAUCCACCCAUCCACCCAUCCACCCAUCCACUCAUCCAUCCACUCAUCCAUCCGAUGCCCAGCUAGCCUCUGCCAGAGCAGGGGUGACCAUGGAGCAGCAGAAAGCGCCCUGUACCUGGACUUUAAUGGGCCUGAAGCAAAGCCCCGGCUCACGAAGCAGCCAGCAGCUCUCCACCUUCUGGAUGCACAGGAGUUUGUCCAUCCUGGCCCUGUGCCUGGACCAGGUCACUGACCAGUCUGACCAGUGA